AUGAGGCCGGCAAGCCUACACAACAGCGUGACUGCCUCGUGUUCUUGCUAUGACGCGCUUUCGUCGCAGGUCACGUCGUCUCGCUCACUACGACAGACGUCACUCGCUAUGAAGUCUAUCUCCAGAUCCAGGUUCACACGAUGCUCGCGCACUUGGCAUUCGUUCUUCAACCCCAAGCUUUACCGAAACGAUGUGAAAACGGGAAAAUACUCCGCCGUUUUCAACACCAUUGCCAACUGCACAGAUACGCGGGUGGCUCUCGCCACGCUCCGGCAUACCUGCCGAGCCGGCGCUGACUACAACAGACCGGCCACCAUCCCUUUCCUCGUUACGGCCCUGUAUCUGGCCGCCUCGAAAGGCUACCCUGACAUUGUGUCAUUUCUCCUUGACCACGGUGCCGAUAUCGACGGGGUCCCGGACUGUCGGCUACGGACUCCCACGUCCAUGAUUCUCCUUCGGCGCGGCGCACGGCUUGAGUCUCCCGAAUUCGGCAUCAACGCCCUCCAUCAAGCUGCCGCCGCCGGGCUCACCGAAGUCAUCGCGUAUCUUGUCGACGAGAAAGAGAUGGAAGUGAACGAGGCCGACAACAACGGGGACACGCCGCUGAUUCACUCCCUGUUGUCUCCGUCGCCAGAGACGUUCGGCGUCGACGUGAACCAGCCUACGACGAUAGACACAUGGCGCAUGACGGCCCUCAGCAUGGCGUGCGAAGAUGGCAUGGGCGAGCUGGACGGCUUGAUCGAGGGGGCCGACCCAGCGCUCCGUAUCUUCGAUCAAAAGCCGCUCGAGCUAGCGCUCCUGGCCCGGGUCAAAGAAACGGAUGGCAGGACGGCAUCGGCGAAGCAACGGCUCAUCGAACUCCUCCUCAAGUCGGGCGCUGACCCAAACGAAGCGGUUUGCAUAUCGGCACGCUGUAACUGGACAGGACCUCUCUUGCUGAAGCUGGCUCGAGAGAGGCGCCGUUGGGAGGCCGAGAUGCUGCUUUCUUCGGGUCUCGUAGACAUCGACAAGCGCGACUCGCAUGGUGCGACAAGUCUCGAUUGGACACUUUCCACAUGUCACGGCAACCCCGUGAUGGCGUCGAUCUUGCUGCGGCGUGGUGCCAAGAUGGACGAUGCCGUGGUGUGCGACAUUAUCGGCAAGCUGGCGCGGCUUGCAGACGCACAAGACCACUGGAGUGUGAUCAGCCUGUUGACGCGAGAGCCUAAGCUGUUGAAGAUAUUCCAUUCGCCGAGCGUGAUUGUGCGUCUCGUCACGGAGAUGUUGAAGCACGGUGUGAGUCUGACGAAGACGGGCGUCUUGAACAUGCUGCGAAAUGCGAAGGAGAGUAGGCCAGGGCCGGUCAUCGCAGGGAGCGCCAUACGGAGGUGGU